AUGGCUGCUGAAGUGGCUGAGGUCUGCUCUAAAGAGAGGGGGUUGAAAAACCCGACUACCGAUGUGUGGAAGAUCGGCAUGACGGGAGUUCGAGGGGAACUGCUCAGGCCGGAUGUCGAAGUUGAGACCGGCACCGACGAGGGUUCGACUGAGGGUAUCCUCACUGAGACGGCUGAGUCUGGUGGUGGUGAUAAGAAGAAGAAAAUGGUGACAGAGAGUAGGUCCGUCCACCUCAAUUUCGAACCGAUCCGCUUGAACGUGAGUUACCACGACAUAAGGCUAGGCUUGAAGUGCUAUCAGCUCCUCAUGAAGGACUCCUCCUCUACUAUGGAGGAGGAGGACAAGGAGGCAGGACCAUUGUUGGCGUUGACUGAUGGUGAGGGCGUUGAGGAAAAGCAAGAGAGCAAGAGUGAGGAAGAGAUCUCGGAGACUACUCCCUCGAGUAUUGCGGCUUCUGAGGUUGAGAAGGUGUGUACGGUGUACAAGUCGGACUAUGACUGUAUUUUCCAUCGGCUCAAUGUUACCCUUGUGAACGACUCUGGCAAGACCACCAACACGCCCUUUGUGAACAUUCUGUUUAGUAACUGUCAAAUCACGCAUAACAACAGCACUACUGAUGAUGGCAUCAGUCUGGACGCUAUUGAUUCUGAUGAGGAGUCGCCUCGGGAACCUGCUGGUGGAGAAGAGUCGACUCAGCGGAGGUCACAAGAAGGGACCGGAGUGCUGGUCACGAGGAGAGCAUCUAUUGCUGCUAAUGUUGAAGUUGCGAUGCAAUUCUUCAACCCUGUGGCGGCAUUUCUGAAGGCUUUUGAACAGAAUAUGAGGGAAUUCGGUCGGGUUUGGAAUGACGAGAGGCCGCUUGGGGGCCGCAGCGAGGGCGGGGAUAAACUGCAGUACGCCCCAUACAGCAUUAGGAACCUGAGUGGCUCACAGCUGUUGGUGACGUGGGAAACACAUGAUCAUGAGGGGCGGUCUAAGGAGCCGACUAAGCCGGUUAGAAUUGGUGUUGGUGAGGAACGAAGGCUCACUGAUAUCAGCGUGCAUGUUGCUACCAAUAACGCGAGAAUGGCCAAGGACAGGGCCUUUGUGAGUUUGAAGGGUGACGGUUGGGAACAAGAGAAAAUACCAUUGGAUCGAAAGGGUAAGUACCUGUACUAUGUUGAUGAUGGUACUGUCACUGAUGUGGUGGGCUUCGAGCCGUAUGCUAUCAUAGAGCCUGCUGGGGGUGGAGGAAGGCAGAGGUAA